AUGACGACCACCGCGAGGCAUUCUCAACGUUCCUCUUGGGACUCUCCGCAACCAUAUCCGCAAAAACGAUUACAUCGCAACCCCUCGGCCGUGAGCCCAGAACUCAAACCGCAAUCUCCCUCGACCAGUGCCACCCUUCCGAACUUCACCAUGCCCCCCUUCUUCGCCAGCCCCCACUCGCCCCGUCAACCUCAAACCAGUCCCGGUUACUUCAAUCUCAAAGUCGAACCCGGCACGAACGCCUCCGACUCGGAUGCCGUCCGCUAUACCAGGCAAAACUGGUCUCCAGAUUCGUUGAAUAAAUCCCCUCAAUCGACUGCCGCUCCAUCGCCCCAGAUCCUGCCGCCUGGUGCAAACUCGGAGUUUGAAGCCUUUCGCAGGCAGUCCGAAAGUGGCCUCGUCUUCAACCUGAGCCAUGGAAAUCUGUCUCAUUUUGCCAAGAGAUCGAGCAUUCAAGCAUCCAAUGUGCUCGAGGGCAGCACCCAGCCACCACGAAUAGCUUCGCCAGCAGCACCACCACCACCACCACCACCACCAGCACCAGCAGCCUUCCAACCAGCGCCGCCUCUGGGAGACCAACCAAAUCUAUUUGAGUCGCACACCCCUAGACCGUCUUCCAAUAAUACCACGCCUCGGCCAGACGCGCCGCCAAUCCCCUCCUUUUUCGAUGCUACUCGGCGUGAGUCUCCCGCUGCCCUCUCACCCACAGAUUUUGGCAAACAAUGCGACAAUCGUAUCACACAGCUGGAUGAUCGCCAUCCCCGUCUGUCUAUGCCCCAGAUUGUUCCGGGCCCGCCCUCGCCCGCAGGAAAGACGCGGGAGCCUGUAAAGCGCACAGAGACUGCUCCCAUGAAUGGCAACGACGACGGGCCGACAAUGAUUGUGGCCCAAGAUCUCGUGGAAUUGCUCAAAAGUCGUCGAAAGGAGACCCUGUUAUUGGACGUUCGCGUAUAUCCGCAGUAUGCACAGUCCCGCAUCUCCGGCGCGCUUAACCUGUGCAUCCCGACCACCUUGUUAAAGCGACCCUCGUUCAAUCUGCAAAAGCUCGCCGAGACCUUUACCAAUGAGGAAGAGCGAGCGGCCUUUGAACGCUGGCGAGAAUGCAAAUAUAUUGUCGUCUACGACGCCGCAUCGGUGCUGUUGAAAGAUGCAGUCUCCUCUGUCAAUACCCUAAAGAAGUUUGCAGGUCACGGGUGGCACGGAAAGUCUAUGAUCUUGCGAGGUGGAUUCUCCGACUUUGCACGCCACUGCCCGGCCCUGGUGAAUGACACGCCCGCAUCACACUUACCAGCCGCCCGUAAAACGCUCUCGAUUGCCUCAUCUAUGCCAGGUGCCGCUCCUGUGGCCGGUGGCUGUGCCAUGCCCGCGUCAAAGUCUGCGGCGAAUCCCUUCUUCUCCAACAUUCGCCAAAACAUGGACCUCAUCGGUGGUGUUGGGCAGUUGGCCGUGACGCAACCGCCAUCGAUGACCAAGCAGAACGAGGCUCGCUUGCCAGCGUGGUUGCGUGAAGCAUCUGCGGAUCAGGAUCAGGGAAAGUGUAUCUCGGAGAAGUUUUUCCACAUUGAAAAGGCCGAGCAGAAACGUAUGCAGGAGGCUCUCUCUGGGGGUGUGCAUUAUGGUACCCCUGAACCGGACGCGCCCAAGUCUGUCCAGAUUGCAGGUAUCGAAAAGGGAACGAAAAAUCGGUAUAAUAACAUCUGGCCGUUUGAUCACUCUCGGGUCAAACUCCAGGGUGUGCCUCAAGGUUCCUGCGACUACGUGAAUGCAAGCUACAUCAAGGCCCCCUGGAGCAAGAAGCAUUACAUUGCCACGCAGGCGCCUAUUCCUGCUACCUUUGAUGACUUUUGGCGAGUUGUCUGGGAGCAGAAUGUGCGAGUUAUUGUGAUGCUUACGGCCGAGAUGGAGGGCGGCCAACUCAAAUGCCAUCCCUACUGGAAAGGCAAAGAGUUCGGCGCCUUGCGGCUCGAAGCGCUGUCGGAACGUCGUGUGUCUUUGGAAGCCGCUCGGAGUACGUAUUCUGGGGACCGGAAUGGCAGUGGUUUCGGACGACGGAAAUCUACUCAGACCGACUCCAGCUCGACGAGCAAGGACAUUGGCACGCCUGGCGGAGAACAGCGAUUCAUCAUUGUCCGGAAGUUUUCACUCUUUCAUACUGCAUUUCCAUUUACCCCGAUGCGUGAAAUAACCCAGCUUCAAUACUCGAGCUGGCCGGAUUUCGGCGCCCCCGCACAUCCAUCUGACUUGCUCGGUUUAGUCGACCAGUGCAAUGCAGUGCUGCGCGCUACAUAUUCGCCUUCAAUGAUUACGCAAAAGGGCAAUUCGCCCGACCCGACAAGCCAAAGCCCAAUACUCGUUCAUUGCAGUGCCGGAUGUGGUCGGACAGGGACAUUUUGCACCGUCGACUCGGUCAUCGAUAUGCUGAAACGGCAAAAGCUCGGCUGGGGAGUCGACACUGGCUCUGGAAGCAACAAGGUCAACCUUGAUAGUCCCAGUGUGAUCAGCCCCAUGGACAUUGACGCUGGCGAUCGAGCCCCUCGGUCGCCUCGCCUCGCGAAGCAACAGGGCGACGACAACAACAACAACAACAACAACAACAAGAAUGAAGGAUCGGAUUGGAAGCGGCGGGACGACCUUGACCUAGUCGAAAAGACGGUCGAAGCGUUCCGAGACCAACGUCUCAGUAUGGUCCAAAGUCUACGGCAGUUUGUCCUCUGCUAUGAAAGUGUACUUGAAUGGCUGGUUGUACAGCAACAGCAGCAGCAGCAGUCUCCAUCAUCAGCAUCAUCAUCAUCCAUGUCAUCAUCAAUAACGUUACCAUCAGCAUCCGCCGAACAUGGUUCAUUUGCACAAAGAGCGGCGUCGCGGUCGGAAGAACAUUUUUCCAACAAUCAAUUUAGAUUGGACACGAACAACAACAACAACAAUAGGGAUCGGGAUCACGGCGCGGGCGGCAAUGGUUACUUUGGUUUUUCUUAG